CGGCAGGCCUGGGGCCAUGGACGGGACGAGUUGUGCCCUCGUUAAAAUCUCAAAUUUUUAGCAGUUUACUUUCGACACCAGCCCAUACGGAGCCGCCCGCUUGGGCGCCGUCAUGGGGGAAGUCGAGGGAUCCUACAGAGUCCUGCAGACCCCGGCCACAAGACUGGGAGCCCAAUUCAAUGCGGGCAUCAGCACAUUGGAGCCCGGCCAGAGCCUCAGCACCAACGUGGUGGUGGUCGGCGGCACCCCCGCCCCCACGGGUCCUGGUCGGGGGUUGCAGGUCCGCGUGCAGGGACUGGACGAGUCCCAGGAGUUCUUCGAUUUAGACCCAAGAGCUUUUGGGCAGGACCUUCUCUCUGAGGUGUUUCUGCGAGGGAACCUCAUCGAGAACGAUUACUUUGGGCUGGAGUUUCAGAACAUUCAGAUGAACUGGCUUUGGCUGGAGCCUACGAAACUGAUCGUGAAACAAGUACGAAGACCGGCAAAUUCUCUGUUUAGACUGGCUGUGAAAUUCUUCCCGCCAGACCCUGGUCAGCUGCAGGAGGAGUUCACCAGGUACUUGUUCUCUCUGCAGAUGAAAAGGGAUCUGAUCGAGGGACAGUUGAUCUGCACAGAAAACACCGGAGCCCUCCUCGCCUCGCACCUCGUCCAAUCCGAGAUCGGCGACUACGACGCAGCCGCUGACCGAGACUUCCUGAUGAACAACAAGCUGCUGCCCUACCAAGAGAAGGUGCUGGAGGCCAUCGUAGACUUCCACAGCAGACACCUUGGCCAGACCCCCGCCGAAUCAGACUUCCAAAUCUUAGAGAUUGCCCGCAAGCUGGAGAUGUACGGUGUGCGCUUCCACCCGGCGGCCGACCGGGAGGGCACCAAGAUCAACCUGGCCGUCGCUCACAUGGGUCUUCAGGUCUUUCAGGGCCAAACCAAAAUAAACACCUUCAACUGGUCCAAGAUUCGCAAGCUGAGCUUCAAGAGGAAGCGCUUCCUGAUCAAGCUCCACCCGGAAGUCCAUGGCCCCCAUCAGGACACUCUUGAGUUCAUGAUGAGCAGCAGGGACCAGUGCAAGGUCUUCUGGAAGAUCUGCGUGGAGUAUCACUCCUUUUUCCGUCUCUUUGACCAACCCCAACCAAAACCUAAGACCAUACUUUUCACCAGAGGCUCUUCUUUCCGAUACAGUGGGCGGACACAGAAGCAGCUUGUUGAGUACGUGAGGGAAAAUGGAGCCAAGAGAACGCCAUACCAGAGGAGGAACAGUAAAAUUCAAACGUCGUCUCACUCCCUCUCGCUGGAUGUGCCAAAACAGAGCUUGUCGUUCAACGAGCGUCUCCGGACGCCAUGCGCCCCUCCGUCGUCCUGCGUGUCCUUCCAUUCGCUGCACAUCUCCAGCGUCAGCCCACGAAAAGACCACCAAGCUCCCCAUCAGCAGCAGCAGCUGCCUUCACCCGCAAUGUCGCCCUCACCGGCGUCCCCCCCCCAGCAGCAGCAGCAGCCUCACAUCCCCCCGAAGGAAGAAGCUGUGAACGGCACCAAUCCCCCGUCUCACUACGCUUUCCCAGACGUAGCAUUGGACAGCCCCAAGCUGUCCCCCUUCGACGCCGCCGGCCCCCUCUGCCUGUCGACCUCCUUCCAGAUGUCCACGCUCAGUCUGCCGGCCCAGGCCGCCGCCUCCACGCCUCUGCAAACCCCCGUCCUGAGCGAGGUGGGCAGCAAUGCCAGACUGGAGGAGGAGGAGGAGGGCAGGAGGAAGAGGUAUCCCGCCGACAAGGCUUACUUCAUUGCCAAAGAGAUUUUGACCACAGAGAGAACCUACUUGAAGGACUUGGAAGUGAUCACAGUGUGGUUCCGCAGUGCGGUGAUCAAGGAGAACGCCAUGCCUGACGGCCUGAUGACGCUGCUCUUCUCCAACAUCGACCCUAUAUACGAGUUCCACCGCGGCUUCCUCAAGGAGCUGGACCAGCGGCUGGCUCUCUGGGAGGGCCGCUCUAACGCUCACGUCAAAGGCGACUACCAGCGGAUUGGUGACGUGAUGCUGAAGAAUAUGUCUGCUCUCAAGGGCCCUCUCCCUUCACCCGCUUUCCUCUGUCUCCCCCUACAGGGCUUCACUGGCUACCUGCAGAAGCACGACGAGGUGUUGACGGAGCUGGAGAAGGCCAGCAAGCGCCUGAAGAAGCUGGAGACGGUCUACAAGGAGUUUGAGCUGCAGAAGGUGUGCUACCUGCCGCUCAACACCUUCCUGCUCAAGCCCAUCCAACGCCUCAUGCACUACAAGCUCAUCCUGGAGCGCCUGUGCAAGCACUAUGGGCCUGCCCACCGCCACCACACCGACUGCAAAGAGGCUCUAAAGGAGGUGGCGGAGAUCGCGGCGCAGCUUCAGAGCAGCCUCAUCCGCCUGGAAAACUUCCAGAAGCUCACUGAGCUGCAGCGAGACCUCAUCGGGAUCGACAACUUGACGGCGCCGGGGAGGGAGUUCAUACGGGAAGGCUGCCUGUACAAGCUGACCAAGAAGGGACUGCAGCAAAGAAUGUUCUUCCUGUUCUCGGACAUGCUCCUCUACACCAGCAAAGGCGUCACGGCAACCAAUCAGUUCAAAGUGCACGGACAGCUGCCCCUCCACGGCAUGAUCCUCAUAAUUCUGGAUGCUCCGGUGGAGGAGAGCGAGCAGGAGUGGGCGGUGCCUCACUGCUUCACCAUCUACUCUGCACACAGGACCAUCGUGGUGGCGGCCAGCUCCAAAGUGGAGAUGAGCAAGUGGAUUGAGGAUCUCAACGUGGCCGUCGACUUGGCCAAGAAGUCUCAGGAGAAGUCCAGCGUCUUCCUGGAUGGAGGCCUCACCGAUCACUCCAAUCGCUCUUCGGAUGAGGUUUCUCUGGAGCAGGAGUCCGAGGACGACAUGAACUCGUCUCACACGUCACUGGACAAACAGACGCACCACCGCGCCAACACCACCAUACACGUGUGCUGGCACCGCAACACCAGCGUGUCCAUGUCAGACCACAGCCUGGCUGUGGAGAACCAGUUGUCGGGGUACCUCCUGAGGAAGUUCAAGAACAGCAACGGCUGGCAAAAACUCUGGGUGGUUUUCACCAACUUCUGCUUGUUCUUCUACAAGACGCACCAGGACGACUUCCCGCUGGCGAGCCUGCCGCUUCUGGGCUACACGGUGAGCACGCCGGAGGAGGCGGAUGCCAUCCAUAAGGAUUACGUCUUCAAGCUGCAGUUCAAGUCGCAUGUCUACUUUUUCCGGGCCGAGAGCGAGUACACCUUUGAGAGGUGGAUGGAGGUGAUCAAGAGCGCGGCAAGCGACACGGGCCGCGUGAGCCUGCUGGUGCCCGCCAAAGGAGGAGGCGGCGGCCCCCUCACCGAGAUGAACGGAAGCUGACGCGGACGAGUCGGCUUCUGCGCGCCUCCCUCCAUUAACCACCUUAACAUUGAUUUCUGCGCGUAGGCUCUUUCAAGUUUUACUGGACCAAUUUAGCAAGGAAGGUGAAGCAGGUCUUGCGUUGAAGGAGCAGAGACGUGACGAAGACGACGAAGGUUCCUGAAAGUGCAAAUGAAGACUUGAGUGCGUCGGUGCUGCUGUUUGUGCUAGCUUUGAAUCCGUAUUUGACAUUAACCAAGGCUGGUCCCUACUAAGAUGGAUGCUCUCGCCGUAUUGUGUGGUCUCGUAACAAGAAGAGAGUCCAUCUCUACCGUCGUUCUCGUCGUCUAUUUAUUGUGUAGUGCGUGCGUGUGCGUGUGUGUAUAUAUGUGUGUUUGUGCGUGCGUGCAGUCUUCCCGUUGAUUCCUUUUGAAAUGCAGCCAAAUAAUAAAAAGAUCAUUGCAGACUCCAUGUUGGGCCUGCGCAACUCCUUUCAACACAAACUUUGUUGGGAAAAAUUUGGUCAUUUUUAUUUGAAAAUAUUUUUUAACAGUAUUUAAAAUGUUUACAUUGAUAUCAAUUCUAAAAUCAGACGUAUUCCAUGUAAAUGUGUGGUGUCAAAUCUGGUCAUGAUUUCUUUUUUUUUAAAUAUGUAUUUCUUAUUCAACAGUAUUUAAAAUGUCUAACUUUAAAAUUGUUUGUAUUGGAAAUAAAUCACAGAUAUUGCAUUUUUGAUGAAAAUUAAUGGUAAUUUUUAUGUUUAGGAUAAAAUAUUGUAAUAUUUGCUU